CAAAAGAGAUGAGUGUUCAGCAAACGUAUACAAAGCAUAAAUAAUUACAAAAUCGGUUUGAUAGUUUUCCUCUAAAACUACAUAUAUUAGUGUAUAUAUAAAUCUAUAUAAGUCGAAACUGUAAGUUAAAGAUAAUGUCGAAUAUAACAGCAGCGGUAAUCGCGAAUCGCAACAAGAAACAUUUUCUUGGCGUGCCGGCUCCGCUUGGCUACGUCGCUGGUGUUGGCAGAGGUGCUACUGGUUUCACCACACGUUCUGACAUUGGUCCUGCUCGCGAUGCUAACGAUGUCUCAGAUGAUCGACACGCACCACCGGCUGCAAAACGUAAAAAGAAAGAAGAAGAGGAGGAGGAAGAUGAAGACUUGAACGAUUCCAAUUACGAUGAAUUUAGCGGCUAUAGUGGUUCGUUGUUCUCCAAAGAUCCGUACGACAAAGAUGAUGAAGAGGCCGAUCAAAUAUACGACUCAAUAGAUAAACGUAUGGACGAGAAGCGUAAAGAAUAUAGAGACCGACGUAUGCGCGAAGAUUUAGAGCGUUAUCGUCAAGAGAGGCCAAAAAUUCAACAACAGUUUUCGGAUUUGAAACGUUCUUUAGCUAAUGUCACCGCUGAAGAGUGGUCAACCAUACCCGAAGUGGGCGAUAGUCGUAAUCGCAAACAGCGCAAUCCACGUGCAGAAAAGUUUACGCCACUUCCGGAUAGUGUGCUAUCACGUAAUCUCGGCGGCGAAGCACAGUCGACAAUCGAUCCCUCCUCAGGCUUAGCAUCGAUGGUACCUGGUGUAGCCACACCCGGUAUGCUUACUCCAACCGGUGAUUUAGAUUUACGCAAGAUCGGUCAGGCACGUAAUACGUUAAUGAAUGUUAAGCUGUCACAAGUGUCAGACUCUGUGACGGGACAAACUGUUGUCGACCCCAAAGGUUAUCUUACUGACUUGCAGAGUAUGAUACCAACUUACGGUGGCGACAUAAAUGACAUCAAGAAAGCACGUUUGCUGCUGAAAAGUGUGCGCGAAACCAAUCCCAAUCAUCCUCCCGCUUGGAUAGCCUCGGCUCGUUUAGAAGAAGUCACUGGUAAAGUGCAAAUGGCCAGAAAUCUGAUUAUGCGUGGCUGUGAAAUUAAUCCACAAUCAGAAGAUUUAUGGUUGGAAGCAGCACGUUUGCAGCCACCAGACACGGCUAAAGCGGUAAUUGCACAAGCUGCACGACACAUUCCUACCUCGGUGCGAAUUUGGAUCAAAGCUGCCGAUUUGGAAACGGAGACAAAAGCAAAAAGGCGCGUUUUUCGCAAAGCACUCGAACAUAUUCCCAACUCGGUACGUCUUUGGAAGGCCGCUGUAGAGUUGGAAAAUCCCGAUGAUGCGCGUAUUCUUUUGUCACGUGCUGUGGAAUGUUGCAACACCAGCGUGGAGCUGUGGUUAGCCUUGGCACGUUUAGAAACCUACGAAAAUGCCCGUAAAGUAUUGAACAAAGCACGUGAAAAUAUACCAACCGAUCGACAAAUCUGGACUACGGCCGCUAAACUUGAGGAAGCUAACGGUAAUAUACACAUGGUUGAGAAAAUCAUCGACCGUUCCUUGGCUUCGCUUGCCGCUAAUGGCGUUGAGAUCAACCGUGAACAUUGGUUCCAGGAAGCCAUUGAGGCGGAAAAGUCUGGUGCUGUGCACUGUUGCCAGGCCAUCGUAAAAGCUGUUAUUGGUAUAGGCGUUGAGGAGGAGGAUCGUAAGCAAACUUGGAUUGACGACGCUGAAUUUUGUGCGAAGGAAAAUGCUUUCGAGUGUGCUCGCGCUGUCUACGCGCAUGCUCUACAAGUGUUUCCCUCAAAGAAGAGUAUUUGGUUACGCGCUGCUUACUUCGAGAAGAAUCAUGGCACCCGCGAAUCGUUGGAGGCUUUACUUCAGCGCGCCGUGGCUCACUGUCCAAAAUCGGAGGUACUUUGGUUAAUGGGUGCCAAAUCCAAGUGGCUUGCUGGAGAUGUACCAGCGGCUCGACGCAUAUUGUCUCUAGCUUUUCAAGCAAAUCCGAAUUCCGAAGACAUUUGGUUGGCUGCUGUCAAAUUGGAGUCGGAGAAUGAGGAAUACGAACGUGCACGACGUCUGUUAGCUAAGGCGCGGUCAUCAGCACCAACUCCGCGUGUUAUGAUGAAAUCUGCCCGCUUGGAAUGGGCUCUAGAUAAUUUGGAAGAUGCUUUGCGUUUACUUGAUGAAGCCGUAAAGGUAUUCCCCGACUUUCCGAAGCUAUGGAUGAUGAAAGGACAAAUCGAAGAACAACAGAAUCAUUUGGAUGAAGCUGCGGAGACUUACAAUCAAGGCAUUAAAAAAUGUCCAACAUCCAUACCGCUAUGGGUGCUAUCGGCUACACUAGAAGAACGAAAGGGCACGCUAACCAAAGCGCGUUCAAUAUUAGAACGAGGCCGCUUACGUAACCCUAAGACUGCAGCACUGUGGUUAGAAGCAAUACGUAUUGAACUUCGCGCCGGUCUCAAUGAAAUCGCGAGCACAAUGAUGGCUCGUGCUCUGCAGGAAUGUCCAAAUGCGGGAGAAUUGUGGGCGGAAGCAAUUUUUAUGGAAUCCAAGCCGCAGCGAAAGACGAAAUCGGUCGAUGCACUCAAAAAAUGCGAACACGAUCCACAUGUGCUAUUGGCUGUCUCAAAGUUGUUCUGGUCGGAACAUAAAUUUACGAAGUGCCGUGACUGGUUUAACCGUACGGUUAAAAUCGAUCCCGAUCUUGGUGAUGCCUGGGCGUACUUCUACAAGUUUGAACUACUGCAUGGCACGGAAGAGCAACAGAAAGAGGUGUUGGAGCGCUGCAUAGCUGCAGAACCGAAACAUGGUGAGGCCUGGUGUCAGGUUAGCAAACACAUUAAGAAUUGGUGCUUCAAGACACCAGAAGUGCUGAAUGCUGUUGUCAAACAAUUAUCUAUACCGGUGUAAACGUUCUCCUUUUUCAAUAUAGAGUAUGCUAGAACUAGAACUACUACAAUAUACAUUAAACGUUCACAAUAUAAAUUCAUUUUAUUCGAA